UUUUGCGAGUAAUAUUUCCCCUCUUCUUUCUAACUGUAUACGGUUGCAGUAGGCUUUCGUUAUUUGUGAAACUGACACACUUCAAAACGGAAUGAGUACUACCAUUAGCACCCAACGAGGACAGGUAUACAUUGGGGAGUUGCCUCAAGACUUCCUGCGUAUUACUCCCACCCAGCAGCAGCAACAAGUUCAGUUGGAUGCCCAAGCAGCGCAGCAGUUGCAGUAUGGGGGAUCCCUGGGCACUGUAGGACGGCUUAGCAUCACUGUAGUGCAGGCCAAGCUAGCUAAAAACUAUGGUAUGACACGCAUGGACCCUUACUGCAGGGUCCGACUAGGGUAUGCUGUUUAUGAAACACCCACAGCCCAUAAUGGUGCCAAGAAUCCACGAUGGAACAAAGUUAUCCAGUGCACUGUCCCACCUGGAGUAGACUCCUUCUACCUGGAGAUCUUUGAUGAGAGGGCAUUCUCCAUGGAUGACAGAAUUGCAUGGACACAUGUCACCAUCCCGGAAGGCCUGAGAGAGGGCAGUGUGGUUGAUGAGUGGUACAGCCUCAGUGGCAGACAAGGCGACGACAAGGAGGGCAUGAUCAACCUGGUCAUGUCUUAUGCUAACAUGCCAGCAGGUAUGCAUAUGUCUCCACCCGUUGUCCUCAUGCCCACAGUCUAUCAGCAGGGGGUAGGAUACGUACCCAUUGCAGGAGUGCCCACUGUAUACAACCAGGGAAUGGUGCCCAUGGGUAUGCCUGCAGCACCCACAGUCGCCCCACAAGAGGCUCCCUGUAGCGAGGAGGAUCUUAAGGCACUGCAGGACAUGUUCCCCAAUCUGGACAGGGAAGUGAUCCGCACUGUAAUUGAGGCCCAGCAAGGUAACAAGGAUGCCGCCAUCAACUCUCUGCUCCAGAUGACAGAAGAGCUGUAACAGUGGAGCCACAAAUAAAUCCACUGUGGCUGCCAGAACAUUGCCCAUUCACAGCAACAGCACCCUGCACAGUCUGUAAAUAUGCACUCAGGCCUGCG